AUGCCUAUCAAAGCCGUGGUCUAUGGCAUAGUUCUUCAAGCUCUGUUUCUGGAGUCUGGGGUGACGUUAAACUGCUCUGAGCCAACCACCGAGUCCCUGUUUAUUGCCUUCAACUCAAGCAUAUUCAAGCUGGCGGCCAUACGGCCCGUCAACAACCUGAGCACCAUCACUAAUGUCAGCAUAUCAUUCACCCUCUACGGCAUUCUGGGAGUGAAAUGGAAAAUAGAGUUUUUGAGUUGGGACCCAGUCGAGUGUGGGAACUCCUUCAUCACCCUACCAAGGUCGAAGUUCUGGGUGCCCGAUAUCGUCAUUGAUGAAUUUGUGGAUGAGAACAACGCCCCGCAGACUUACUAUGUGACUGUGAGGUCCACUGGGGAGGUGCAGGAUGCUUUGCCAGUGGAGGUCAUCAGUUCUUGCAAUCUGGACAUCUUCAAGUUCCCCUUCGACACACAGAACUGCUCCUACACCUUCAACUCCUGGAUACACCAUACUGAUGAGAUCCAGCUGUCGUAUGACAAGCAGGUGGAGGAGAUGGUGAACCAGUCCAGAGCUGUGAUGGCCACAGAGGGCGAGUGGGAGUUCAUGGGCAUGACGGCCUACAAGCACACAUUAGUCAACUUUGACGAGAGCUCACGCGAUCAGAUCACCUACUUUAUUGCCCUCAGACGGCAGCCUACUAUGUACGUGGUGAAUCUGAUCAUCCCCAGCUGCUUCCUCAUCACUCUGGACCUGUUCAGCUUCAUUCUGCCCCCA